CAAGAUGGAGGUCGUUGUUAUGUGGAGAAUGUAGAACAAGGUUAUGUUGUGAUUAUAUCCAUCUAAAAUACACCAAAACAGCCACAAAAUACUUUCUUUCAACUCUACAGUCCACGUUCACUUACCCAAUGGACUGAUUCAUGGACCCAAAACCCCACGAAAUGUAGAAAACAUCCGUCUUGAGAUUUGGAAUGGUGUCCGAAUUUUUUUUACGUGGCUAUAAAAAAUAUUMAACACUGACCUUGGAUAUCAGUUUAAUCAGUUAAUCUGAACGUAACAGUUAUUUUACUCCAAGUGAACUCAAAGGCUACUGAAGUAUGGAUUUAGCUGCAAGACUAGGAUUUACUUCACAAAUUAUUCCAGGAGCUUGGAGAUGCUCUGGUCGGAAUAAUGACGAAAUGGUGGACAARUUCGUACAUUCUGGUAUGAUUGUGUCAAAGGAGGUGGAAGAUUCGUUCCGUGCUGUGCCUAGAGGAGCUUUUGUGCCUCCUGAACAGCAAGACGAAGCGUAUUAYGAUUCUCCUUUACGUGGAGAUCCUCAUGUCCAUAUGUCUGCACCUCAUAUGUACGCCACUGUUCUAGAAGCUUUGGACUUAUGCCCAGGGCUAUCCUUUCUCAAUGUCGGAAGUGGUACUGGCUACUUCAGUUGCUUGGUUGGUUACAUAAUCAAGAGGAAYAGCAUCAACCACGGCAUUGAACAGUUUGAGGAUUUAGUAGAUUUUUCCAGGGAACGAUGCGAGGAGUUCAUGARAUUCAGUCCAAUGGCAGCCCGUGAAAUGAGCCAACCUGUUUUCUUGGCUGGGAAUUGUUUCCGUCUGGACAAUAGAAGCAUGCAGUAUGACAGGAUCUAUUGUGGAGCAGCGUGUCCUCAUAGUAAACUACCUUUUAUACUAUCCAUGACUAAAGUUAGAGGAUUUGCUAUUAUACCUUGUAAAAAUAAGCUUCUAAAGAUAGAGCGUGUAUCUACCACAGGCGUGAAGCUGACCGUUAUAAGAGAAGUUAGCUUUGCUAGUCUUACAGCUCUACCUGAGAGUGAAAUCUCUAAGCCAAAACUCAAGUUUCCACCAGCAGACAGCAAGAAAAAACAAAAGUCACUCAAGGCGUUUCCAUCAAGUAAUCUACUAGUCAGCAAUGGACAUUCAAGAAAAACAUUGGCCAAGCUCAGAGCACUACAAGAAGCCUGUGAGUGCCUAAAAGACUGUAAGCCACUUCCAGAACCAUUCUGCUAUGUACCAAACGAACAGCAUCUCAAGGAUCUCAAAAMCACUAACAAGAUCAAACCAACUAAAAAAGAACURAACCCUGGAAAAGAARCCUUAACAAGRCCUUCACCUGUGGAUGGGAAGAUCRCCUUCUUUAGCUCCUGCACCAAACAAGACCAGGAGUGUGAAUCCAUUGAGAGUGAUAUUUGGGAUUUCCUCUAYUUCGAUAGUUUAUGGGAGUCAGUACUGGAGAACUAUUACAGUGUAUGUAACACUUCGCCAGAGAAGAAAACUUUAUCCAUGGAUUUGUAUGUGAAGAAAAAGAAGACUUCAUCACAGGUGAAACCUUCCAAGACUCAAUCGUAUGCUGAUUUAAUGAGUAAGAUUGGUCUGCCGUUACAAUCAACGUGUCARAAAGUCCCCAAGACACAAGAGUGUGGCUCAGCAGAAAGAGCGUUACWAUCAGGUCGACUUGAAUGCAUUCCUUUCCAGAGUUCUGGAGGCUUACCAUCAGACAGGGAUGGCRAGGGAGAUGAUGGUUCUGUAAAUAAGGAAUAUGUGGCUCAGGGUUCAGCAGCCACUGAAGAUGAAAAGUGUAAAUUAAAUACUGCAACUACAGUUGAGGACMAUUUGACAAAUGGGAAUGCAAAGGACUCAAGGGGGGAAAGUUUGAUGUUAAUUGAAUCAAGCAUUGGUAAAAACACUGGUGAUAGUACUGAUGGACAAGGCGUAACUGAUGGCAAGAACAGUGAUGGUAAAGAAAGUGCACAUGGUACAGACAUUACUGAUGGUAAAAAUACUGAUGAUAGUAAAGGUAAUACUGAUGGACAAGGUGUAACUGAUGGCAAGAACAGUGAUGGUAAAGAAAGUGCACAUGGUACAGACAUUACUGAUGGUAAAAAUACUGAUGAUAGUAAAGAUAAUACUGAUGGACAAGGCGUAAAUGAUGGCAAGAACAGUGAUAAUAAAGAAAGUGCACAUGGUACAGACAUUACUGAUGGUAAAAAUACUGAUGAUAGUAAAGACAAUACUGAUGUAACUGACGGCAGUGACAGUGAUAGGAAAGAGAGUAUACAUGGUACAGACAUUACUGAUGGUAAAAGCACUGAUGAUAGUAAAGUCAAUGCUGAUGUAUCUGAUGGCAGUGACAUUGAUAGGAAAGAAAGUAUGCAUGGUACAGACAAAUCUAAUAAGGAGAAUGAUACUGAUGGUGAUACCAGAGCCCACACAACCUCUUCUGGAGUCACACCUCCUGAUACCUUACCUGAGUCUACUACAAUGACAUUAAAUAACAAGGCAGCUGUAAAUAAGGCACCAUUAGUCCCUACUAAUCUCUUUUCCAAAAAUCUUGGCAAUAAUAACCCUAAUUCUCCCAACACAGAUAAAAACUCUGAUGAAACAAUUGACGRCAAGAAGGAUGUUGCUGAACCCAASUCCAGCCAACCAAAAAAAGCAGGUUAUGACAUUGUAAAGUUAGAAGUAGACAGACUCUGUAUGGACAAGAUUAAUUCUGUACCGAAGGACAACUGGUGUAUGGAAGACGACAUGGAGCUGGUGAGAUUCCUGUCAGAUGUCUCUGAUCAGUCCAGUAAAGGACGAUGUAAGGGAUGGUUCAAGGCUGAACUAGUAAGACCCAAGUUGUUCUCUGGACUUGACGGUGUGGUGUAUCCCAGAYUAGCAUCCCACAACRCAGAGGAUUUAGCCUUCAGAUCUGUAGCCCUUUGCCGAGUCGCCAAGGUCCUUGAUUCUUUACUCUAUCUCCUAAGUGGGCCUUCUUUGCUGAAGGACAUCAAGGUAUCACCCGCUAAGUACCCUCUGGAUUCGUUUGGUGAUUGGUCCUUUGAAUCCUCAAGGGUGUCAACGGAAUUGGCUGUUAAACAUCAAUCAUGUAAAGCGUCUAAAGAAGAAAUGUUACAUUUUGAAGAAAUGAUCAGCGAAAGAGAUGCWGAACAGUUACGUAUACAGCAUGAGCUGACCAGCAAGAAGUUAAAACUGACACAGGACUUGCAGGAUCAGAUAAGAGAGCAGCAAAAAGUGCUGAAAAAACAGGCUUCUCUCCUUGAGGAAAAACAAUUGUUGGUACAAAAUCUGAGGUCUCUAGACAUCAAGGGAAGCCAGCAACMACAGAACAGUGAAUCCCCGGCUGUCACUGAGCUGAAGAUGCAAAGACAAGAAACUCUCAGCAAAAUACAGAAACUAGUAGAACAACACACUGAACAGGACACCAAGAAAAAUAGAUUAGUAGAGGAACUGAAGCGACUCAGGGAACUGAGAAACAAAAUUCUUCAAACCGAGACGAGAAAAAAAGAAGAAACAGCAGAAGYAACUUAUAAAGCAAAGCAGCAACAAACCACCACGUCCUCUAAUGAAACAAGAAGUACAAGAAGAGAAUCCAGUUCUUCAUGCCCUCYCACUGUUUCACGCUAUCAGCUCUCCCAUCUCCUGCCUCAGCUACGCUUUCUUCUUCCACUGUGUCGGCAACGAUGGCGCAUCGUACAAGAGAUGCUCCACGUCUCGGAACACUCGGCUCCUGAUCACAUGCCUAUUGUAACCUUGGACAGACGGAUACCUUUACAUGAACGAGGGUCUGAUCCUGAUAAGAGUGUCUUGCUACAAUUGUAUAAAGAAUUGAGACCAGAACAUCUUAAUUACAGAUGGAACAAAUGGAAGUACGACCAGUGGUGGGAGGUGAAGUUUGUUGGUGAAGGGAUCAUUGAUCAG